CCUGCAUUCCCCUCCGGUGCCCAGAUGUCUGCAGACAUGGCCAUGGAACAGGUAAACGGGAACGGCCCGGAGGAACCCAUUGACACCCCGGAGGUGAGCCGCUCCGAACACUUCGCAGCUCUGCUGGAGGCCGGCCUCCCUCAGAACGUGGCCGAGAAGCUGGACGAGCUCUACGUAGCAGGCCUCGUAGCUCACAGCGACCUCGACGAAAGAGCUCUUGAAGCUUUGAAAGAGUUCAAUGAGGAGGGAGCCCUGCAGGUGCUGGUCCAGUUCAAAGAGAGCGAUCUGUCACACGUGCAAAACAAAAGUGCCUUUCUCUGUGGGGUGAUGAAGACUUACAGGCAGAGGGAGAAACAAGGGACCAAAGUUUCAGAUUCCACGAAAGGACCAGAUGAGGCCAAAAUCAAGGAGCUCCUGGACAGAACAGACUACACACUCGACGUAACAACGGGCCAACGGAAGUAUGGCGGACCCCCGCCGGAGCCGGUGUACUCGGGGGCCCAACCCAACGUGGGAACAGAGAUAUUUAUCGGGAAGAUUCCCCGCGACUUGUUUGAAGAUGAACUGGUCCCUCUCUUUGAGAAGGCCGGGCCCAUCUGGGACCUGAGGCUAAUGAUGGACCCGCUGAGCGGCCUGAACAGGGGCUACGCUUUCGUCACCUUCUGCACGAAGGAAGCGGCCCAGGAGGCGGUGAAGCUGUGCAAUAAUCACGAGAUUCGCCCCAACAAGCACAUCGGGGUGUGUAUAUCCGUCGCCAACAACCGGCUAUUCGUUGGCUCCAUUCCCAAGAGUAAAACAAAGGAGCAGAUUGUUGAGGAGUUUGCUAAAGUCACAGAGGGCCUCAGUGACGUCAUACUGUACCAUCAACCCGAUGACAAGAAGAAGAACCGGGGCUUCUGCUUCCUGGAGUACGAAGACCACAAGACGGCUAUACAACCAGAGGAGUCGCCCCCUGGUGGUCUGGAUCAGCUACGCCAAGUACGAGCUGUCCAUCAACAGCUCCGAGCGGCUGCAGAAGUGCCGGCAGAUCUUGGAGGAGGCCAACAAGGGCAUGAGGAACUGCGAGGAGAAGGAGGAGCGGCUGAUGCUGCUGGAGUCCUGGAGGGACUUUGAGAGGGAGUUCGGGUCCGAGAGCUCGAUGGAGAGGGUGAGGAAGCUGCUGCCGGACAAGGUGAAGAAGAGGAGGAAGCUGACGGCCGAGGACGGGUCGGACGCCGGCUGGGAGGAGUACUACGACUACAUCUUCCCAGAGGACGCCGCCAACCAGCCCAACCUCAAGCUGCUGGCCAUGGCCAAGAUGUGGAAGAGGCAGCAGAUGGUGG